AUGAGAAGAUUACCUGAAGACACUGGGGGUUUGAGAUAUACCAGCUUGUGGGGGGAUCACCUGUGGGAAAAAGUAAAACAGAGUGUUAGCAAGUUUGGGAAGACAUCUAUAGAUCUGGUGGAUAAACAAUUUCAGGAAUUCCCCCGCUGGUGUGAUAUCAAUCACUUUGAUAAGGUCAUGAACAUAUUGUUUAGUGAUGGUUCAAAAUUGGAGGAUAUUGCAAAGGUCCAUACAGAACAAACUAUUAAGAAAGGGCGAGAAGAGCUACAGAAGUGGUUGUAUUUAAUCACAUAUUCUUGUGUCUCAGGCAAAAGCUGGAAUUUUCCGAAGGCACACCUCCACGCCCAUGUUUUUGAUGACAUUGAAGCUAAGGGUGUUACACAAAAUUAUAAUACAAAACCUAACAAAAAGCUUCAUGGUCCAUUGAAGAAAUCUUAUACUCCCCAGAGCGACGGAAAACAAGUUGCGGAUCAGCACAACCCUGCAUUCAAGGAUCUUUGUAAAAAACUAGUCAAAUUCUUGAACAACUUGCUGCCCGCAUAUGACAUCACGCUCCCUAAUAACAAGUGUAUCACACUACACCCAACUGACUCAUCUCCCUUGAUGGAGUCAAGUACCCUCUCGCUCUCAUCCAGCCUUUGGAUGCUCCCAUCGGACCUCUUAGGCGAAAGGACCAAGACUUGGGCCUGA